GUCGAAGGCCAACCCCUGGGAUCGAACCACAGCUGAGCUAAUGUUUGACCACGUUUUUUUUUUUUUGUACACAAAUAUAAGGCUCACGUUUCCUUUGAGUGAGACACAUCUAGAAGCACAUUGCCCGUCACUGCCUUUUGAUCAACAGAGCAAAACAGGAGAUAAAACCGCAAUCAGUUAGGAUGAUCUGGUGCCUGUGCUUGCUUUAUGUAGCAGUGGGGUUCGGACCCGUCCACGCAGCCUCCAUCAAGAGGCCGGGAAGAACAGAAGACGUUAAUGUUCUCAUGUACGGCGUGAUUCAGUUUGGCGAGUCCUUGAACUACGUGUUGGAAACCACCGAGGCCAAGAUGGCUGAGAUCGGGCGGACUCUGAAGGGCCACGAAGGUGCUCUGAGGCGGCUGGGGGAGCAGAUGAGGCAGGCGGCUGAGGUGAAGGAACAGAUCAAGGGAGUGAUAGAGCUGUUGCUGGACCAGAUGUCCAAGCAACAAGCUCAUACCAAGAUAACAGAAGGUCAGCUGGCCCGGAUGGAGCAGGAAGAGGUGGCGCUUGGGACCAAAGUAAAAAGCCUGGAGUCAUAUCUUAACAACAUGUUCCCCACCAGCAUCAAAGAUCUGCAGGAGAGAGCCGCCUUGAACGGCAACAUCUUGAAAGGUCUUCAACAUUUGACGCAGUUUCAAAAAGAGAAAAUUGAGAGCCAAAACGAGCAGAUCUCGACGCUGCAGAGGAUGGUGAGUGGUAUAUGUGUAUAUGGUAGUCUUCAUUGAGCGGGGGUUAUUUAUGCUUUUCUUGUCUUCCAGAGUGAAGCUUUGUGAAGAAAAGCAACAAAACAAGUUCACCAGGACUAUCAACAUUGUCAGCACUGGACCCUCACAGCACUCCCUUUCACCUGUGCAAUGCUUUCCAAUGCACACUAGAAUGUUUUGGGUUUUGUUUUUUGCUGCAACUUACAUCUGUUUCUCAUGCAACACUGCAAUAUGUACAGUAUGUUAUUUGCACUGAGCCUUAGAAGCAUUGAUUUUUUAUUAGAAUUAUUAACAUGUAGGGCUGCACAGCAGUCGAGUGGUUAGCGCGCAGACCUCACAGCUAGGAGACCCGUGCUCAAUCCCACCCCCGGCCAUCUCUGUGUGGAGUUUGCAUGUUCUCCCCGUGCAUGCGUGGGUUUUCUCCAGUUUCCUCCCACAUUCCAAAAACAUGCUAGGUAAAUUGGCAACUCCAAAUUGUCCAUAGGUAUGAAUGUGAGUGUGAAUGGUUGUUUGUCUAUAUGUGCCCUGUGAUUGGCUGGCGACCAGUCCAGGGUGUACCCCGCCUCUCGUCCAAAGACAGCUGGGAUAGGCUCCAGCAACCCCCGCGACCCUUGUGAGGAUAAGCAGUAGAAAAUGAAUGAAUGAAUGAAUGAUCAUGUAGGGCUGCACAACGGUCGAGUGGUUAGCGCGCAGACCUCACAGCUAGGAGACACGAGUUCAAUCCCACCCUCGGCCAUCUCUGUGUGGCGUUUGCAUGUUCUCCCCGUGCAUGCGUGGGUUUUCUCCGGGUACUCCGGUUUCCUCCCACAUUCCAAAAACAUGCUAGGUUAAUUGGCGACUCCAAAUUGUCCAUAGGUAUGAAUGUGAGUGUGAAUGGUUGUUUGUCUAUAUGUGCCCGCCUCUUUGCCCAAAGACAGCUGGGAUAGGCUCCAGCACCCCCCACGACCAAUGUGAGGAUAAGCGGUAGAAAAUGAAUGAAUAUUAACAUGUAAUUAUAAACUAUUUUAUUAUAGUAUAUUGUCAUUUAGGUAUUUUUUGGUAUGUGCAGUACACAUUGUAAUGCACGGUGUGUCUAUUUGAAAUUAAUAAUACAGUGUGGUCUUUCUUUCUCACACUAAGACAAGUGAAUAAAUAAAUAAAUAAAUUAUUAA